AUGCGUUUCUCCGCCGCGUUUAUUUCAACCCUGGUGCUCUCUAGUACCGCACUGGCCGGUCCUGCCGCCCAGGUAUCCUCAUCCGUGGGAGCUGGUGCGACCACAGAGGCAGGAGCGAACAAAAAGGACGUUGCGCAACCUCAUGCAAACAGCGAGAGUGCAUCAGAUGCCACUGCUCUUGUGCAACCAGCAGAGAACAUAGUCAACACUGCUGCAGAGAAAAAUACUCAGACUGCAACUCACACUAUAGCAGCAGUGUCAACUGCUGAAUCGAGCAGCAAUAACAAGGAGGAUGCUGCUGCGGACACAGCCAGCGAGACGCAGAAGGACACCCAGAGUGCUACGACUUCCGUCAACGCUGAGAUUUCGGCCAAGCCGGACACAUCGGGCCCGAACAACAUCCUGCCAGCAGAGAACUCUGCUCCAGGAAGUUCUGCCUCAGAAACUGCUACAUCUCAUGCCUCUCAAAAAACCAAAACAGGCCCUAGCGCUCAAGACACGGCUACCACGACCCAGACUACAAAGUCUGCAGAAAGCACACAGAACUCCUUCACAGGGGGCGGAAGCACAGCGACUCACCCCUCGGAUAUUGGGAAGUUCUUUGAUGGAAUUGGGGGCCUGUUUUCCCCUACUCUGCUGGCGGAUAUCGAGUCCUUCUUCCACCAUGUCGGCUAUCUCCUUGAUGACGACACCACACAGAAUACCAAGGACCUGAUUAAUACUGCCUCUGGUCUGCUCACCAAGAGCCUUAUCACAAAGGUCACUGGACUGCUUGACAACGCCAGCGACCUCUUGACUGCCGAGUUCGUCAAGGAGACUAAGAGUUUGAUCAAAGCUGUUGGUCCUGUGAUCACCCCUGAAUUGUUCAAGGAGAUCAAUAGCCUGCUUGGCAACGCAAACCAUCUCCUGACCGCCGAAUUCGUGAAGGAAACCAAGGAGCUAAUUAGUACCGUGUCACCUAUUCUUACGCCCGACCUAUUCAAGGAGAUCAAUAGCCUGCUGGGUAACGCCAACAACCUUCUGACUCCUUCGUCUGUAAAGGGGAUAAACAACCUGCUCACUAACGCCGGUGGUCUGCUGACUGCCGACUUUGUCAAGGAGACUAAGAGCCUGAUCAGCGCUGUUGGUCCUAAUAUCACACCUGAGUUAUUCAAGGAGAUCAGCAGCGUCCUUGGCAACGCUAACAAGCUCCUGACCCCCUCAACUAUCAAGGAGAUUAGCGGCUUGUUGGGUAAUGCCAACACUCUUCUGACGCCUGCAACAACCAAGGAAAUCGGCGGCCUUCUCAACAAUGCCAACAGCCUUCUGACCGUCGAUUCUGUCAAGGAGAUCGGUGGCCUCCUCAGCAGUGCCAGCAGCCUCUUGACGCCCAGCUUUGUGAACGAGACCCAAGGCCUGAUUGGCGGCGUGUCGAAGUACCUGACCCCAGAUAUUCUCGCAUCUCUCGGCCCUCUGCUCUCCAACGCCAACGACCUCUUGACAGAAGACAGCGUCAAGGAUAUCAAUGGUCUACUAGGCAACGCCAACCAUCUCCUCACCGCAGAUUCGGUCAAGGAGAUCGGUAGCCUGCUUUCCAGUGCCAGCGAUCUGCUCACGCCCAAGUUCGUCCACGAGACCCAGGGCUUGAUCGAUCUGGUCGCCCCGGCUAUCACGUCUAAGCUCCUGACUAACGUCUCCUACUUGCUCGGAAACGCUACUAGCCUGCUGAACCCAUCCUUUAUCAACGACACCCGUACUCUCAUCACUGAUGUCUCGCCUGUCAUCACUCCCAACCUCCUCGCUGAGGUGGGUGGUCUUCUCAACAAUGCCGGCGAUCUCCUCACACCCAAGUUUGUGAACGAGACCCAGACUCUGAUCGAGGAUGCCGCAGAUAUCCUUCCGCUUGUCAUAAAGCUGCUCGGGUCGUUGUAA